UGGGUGCCAUCACACUUCAAUUCCGGUUGCUGAGCCUUUUCACCCCUUUGCUCUGUCUUCAAAUGGAAAUGAUUUCUAUUGGCCCAAGGUGUCCAUGUAAAUAGGUGUAAAUGAAACCAGAUUAUGCCUUUCUCUCAGCCCCCUCCUCCCAAGGCGAUUGUCAUGUGAUAGCGAAGAAGUGGCACAUUAAUGAAGCGCCUCUACAGGGGUCUUUUCUGCUCAUGUCACCACAUAAAACUAUCAGAUGGUUAGAGGAAGGACAUGGAUGCAGCUACUUAGCUCAUCUUAUCAAGGACGGGAGAACAGAUCUGCCCCAUUCAGCUUGUGGGAAAAAGGAGGCUUACCGGCGCUUGCUUAAGUAAAGAUCACAGCUCGCCUGAGAAAAGCAGACUGUUUUCUGAGGACGUCUUCCAGCAACUGCAGACUCCGAGCUCCGGAAUCGCUCCCCUGCUUACUUUACCAACUUUCUGCAAGUUUCACCGUUUGGGAAACGCAAUUUCGCGGGUGCGUUGAAUAACAGUUACAUUUAUGUUUACUAAUCGAGCUGGGCGAGCCACAUAAAAUAUUGGAAGACUGAGAGUACUGAACUGAUUUUUUUAGAAAUCAUCCAGACCCGAGGACGCCGCCUUGCCUUCAGAUUUGCUCGUGGAAGAUGCCUCGACCCGGGAGAAACACAUACAGCGACCAGAAGCCACCUUACUCGUACAUUUCUCUAACUGCCAUGGCUAUCCAGAGCUGUCCGGAGAAGAUGCUACCUCUAAGCGAGAUUUACAAGUUCAUAAUGGACAGGUUCCCGUAUUACAGGGAGAACACGCAGAGGUGGCAGAAUUCUCUGCGACACAACUUAUCCUUCAACGACUGUUUCAUUAAGAUCCCGCGGCGGCCGGACCAGCCGGGUAAGGGCAGUUUCUGGGCUCUGCACCCUAGUUGUGGCGACAUGUUUGAAAAUGGGAGUUUUUUGAGGCGCCGUAAACGCUUUAAGGUGAUGACGACAUCAGACCACUUGGCACCCAACAAGCCCUCGGACGCUGCCCAUUACCUACAGCAGCAAGCCAAACUCCGACUGAGCGCGCUGGCGGCCACUGGCACCCACCUCCCGCAGAUGUCCAGCUAUAACUUAGGGGUGUCCCAGCCGUCAACCUUCAAGCACCCAUUUGCCAUCGAGAACAUCAUUGCAAGAGAAUAUAAGAUGCCGGGAGGACUCGCGUUUUCCACGAUGCAGUCGAUGUCCGCUGGUUAUCCCCUGCAUAACCAGCUGACGACAACGUGGCCCCAUAUGUACAGUACCAGCGUGAUAGACACAGCAGCUCCUAUUUCAAUGGCCAGUAGUGACUACAGUGCUUAUGGCAUGCCUAUUAAAUCUCUCUGCCACGGUGGGCAGACAUUACCUGCCAUCCCGGUGCCAAUAAAGCCCACGCCGGCCUCGGUGCCUGGUCUUUCCGCACUGCCGGCGCAUAUCCCGGCGUUCCUGUCGAACUCUCCCCAGUCUCUGAGCCCCACAUCCCCGCAGACAGCUACCAGCCAAAGCAGCCCUGCCACCCCGAGCGAGACCCUGACAAACCCGUCUUCUGCGUUGCAGUCGGUGGCGGUGCACUGACAACCGCAAGGUUUCCCUUUCUCCUUUUUUGGGACUUGAAAACUAGGCCUACGGUUUUUACCACUUCCAAAGCUGUAUUUUUAUUGUCAACCCAUGACAACUAAACACCGAACAAAACUCGUCUACAAUCGUCAAGGCAAGAUAUUUGUGAUUUGCAGUAAUGUUUAUGUAUAUGUAUCUUAACUUUAAUGUGCAACUUCUAAUGUUAAUGUCAUAACAUGUUUGAGUAUGGUUAGAUAGUGUCAUGUUUGUUUUCGGCGCACAUAUAAUUUAAUACUCUUUUGCAGGUGCUCUAAGAUCGUGUUGUUACUUUUGAGGGGUGAUUGCUUAUACGUUUAAAGUACUGCAAGCAGUUUCUUUAUUCUCAUACGUGGCGUUAACAAGUUAAAAGGUACUAAUUGUUAGGAUGGUUGGCGAAUGUUUUAAUGCAAAUUCGAAAUACUUUAAUCCAGAUCAUACCAGGCUUCAUAGUAAAUAUAUUUUCGAUAGUCAGUAUUGUUGAAAUAACCAUUAAGGAUUAUUUACAGACGUAUUCCCUGUUUAUUGCGGACAGUUGCUUUCUAACACAAGCAGUAGUCACGUUAUUGGAAACAAACAAAUGCAAGCAAAACCAAGUACGGUUCAGCGACAGUUCGCUGAAGUUAAUCUAAAUUUCCAAUUUACAAAAGUAAUAACACUUUCAAAGCCCACAGAAUGCUCGUUGCAUUUGGUAUACCAAAUACCUAGUUAUUAGCUGUGUUAAUAUUGAUUAUAUUAAAAUGAACAAUCACAGAUAUUACGUUUUAAAACUCUCAGACUUGAAAUAUAUUCACUUAAAAGGCACGCAAGGUGUUAAGUACACUCGAAACUGAUAUGAAUUAUUGCAAAUAGGGGAUAUUAAAAUGUGUAAAUGCACUUUUUAGUAAAAUGUUUUAGAUUAUCUGUAGUUUGCAGAAAAAUUUUGGUCUGUGAACCAUUUAAUUUAAAAGCUGUGGUGACCAUGUGUAAUAAAUGCUGUAAAUUUGUACGUUUCUGUAUAGAUAAGCAUGCUAUUUCCAAAUUUUGUGUUGUUUUUGCUGCAAGCAUGCGUGCUUUUAAAAAGUGUGCGACGUGUCUGCAAUAAAUUAUAAACCUGGUCAUCAAAAUAUUUUCUCAUUAAA